AUGAGACAAUCAUUUAAAGAAUAUUUCAACACACAUCCCAAUGCCGUCAUUGUUAUGGAUGGUGGACAAGGAACUGAAUUAGAAAGAAGAGGUGUUGAUGUUUCUUCCAAAGUUUGGUCCACUGUACCAUUUAUUGGUAGGGAAUUCUGGCAAAAAGAUGAAAAAUCUCAAAACAUUUCAAUUGUUAAAGAUAUGUUUCAAGCCUUUGUUGCUGCUGGAUCUCAGGCAUUAAUGUCUAUUACAUAUCAAUGCAGUUUUAGUACCAUCUCUAGUAACACUAAGAUUCAAGCUCUUGAAGAGUAUAAUGAAUUAUUGAAUAAGAUAGUCAAGUUUUGUAGAGAAUGCAUCGGUAACAGUAAAUACUUGAUUGGUAGUAUUGGACCAUAUGCAUCACAUGUAAGUGCCGAAUAUACUGGUGAUUAUGGGUUACAUCCAGAAAAUGUAGACUAUUUAAACUAUUUCAAACCUCAAUUGGAUAAUUUUAAUGAUAAUGACGAUAUUGAUUUAAUUGCCAUGGAAACAGUACCUAAUAAAUAUGAAUUGAAAGCUUUGUUAUCUUGGGAUGGAACUACUAUCAAGAAACCAUUUUAUAUUAGUUUAUCUGUUGGAGACGAUGGAAAUUUAAGAGAUGGGACUUCUAUGGAUACUAUUUCCACAAUGUUUCAAAAUAGAGAGGUGAAAAACCCCAAUUUAAUGAUGGUAGGUGUAAAUUGUGUAAGUUAUGAUAAGACUUUAAUGAUAAUUAAAAAAUUACAAAUAGCUGUUCCAGAUUUACCGUUAGUUUGUUAUCCAAAUAGUGGUGAAGUUUAUGAUCAAAUUACACAAUCAUGGAAGACAAACAAUGACAUUAAAUUGGACUCAUGGGAAACUUUGGUGAAAGACUUGGUAGCUAAUGGUGUUCGUAUGGUUGGUGGUUGUUGCAGAACUACUCCAGAUGAUAUACACAAGAUAGCACAAGCUGUGAGUCAUUUGAGUCAUUGA